CAAAAAUGGUUGCUUUGACAUUAAUUUUGCUGUAUUUUGCGACUGGCUUUGGACAAUGCCAGCCUUGCUUCAAUGGCUCCAUUCAGCUUGUGUCUAGUGCCAGUGGUAAUUCGUAUGGUGCCGUAGAAGUUUGUAUUGGUGGAGAGUGGGGUAGUAUUUGCGGUGAUUAUUGGGAUAACAGUGAUGCCAGUGUUGUAUGCAGGCAACUAGGAUACUCUCCUUAUGGUGCAAUAGCUUCUUCCAAAACACACAUCAGCUCUAAUGCAUCAUCACAUCAUAUCACUGAUUUGAAUUGUGCUGGAGAUGAAGUUCAUGUACUUAAUUGUACUCGUAACAGUUUGAAUAACUACACAUGUCCUCUCAGUAGAGAUGCUAUUGUGUUUUGUCAGUUGUUGGAGUCUGUGACGCAUAGUAAUUGCAGCGAUGGAGAUGUUCGUUUAAUUGGUGGUGCAACAGAGUAUGAAGGGAGAGUUAAUUGUGUGUGAACAAAGCUUGGGGAACAAUUUGUGCUUACAAUGGCUGGACAUCUGUUGUAGCUAAGAUUGUUUGCACUCAAAUUGGAGCUUUACCAGCUGGAUACAAUCAAGGUCGUGUUGGUAGCCUUGGAUUUUCUAUUGGUAAUGGUGCUAUUCUGUUAGGAUAUCUAUCUUGUAUGGGAGAUGAGACCAACCUUUUAAACUGUAAUCCAAACUAUUAUCAAACUAAUGUAGUCUCUUACUGCCAAACUCACUACUAUGAUGCUGGUGUUACAUGUGAACCACCAUGUGAAAAUGGCACUAUUAGGCUGAGUGAUGGAAGUAAUACAUAUGGUAGAGUUGAGGUGUGCAUUAGUGAAUCCUGGAGAACCGUGUGUGGUAGUCAUUGGAAUUAUAAAAGCUCUUCUGUUGUGUGUAGACAGCUAGGAUUCUCACCAUAUGGUGCCACACCUCUCAAGAACUACUAUAGCAACUAUCUUUGGUCACAUGGAAUUAUACAUGUAAAUUGUAGUAGCUUUGAGGACAGCUUAUUGAACUGCUCUUAUGUUGAAGUUAUUAAUUCUACCUUUAAUUGCUCAGAUAAUUAUGAUGCUGGAGUUAUAUGUCAAACUAAAGCUUUUCAGGCUGUUGACUGUGUGACUGGAGAUAUUCGAUUAAUUGGUGGAACCGUAGCAAAUGAAGGAAGAUUGGAAGUGUGUUUAAACAGAGUAUGGGGUACAGUCUGUGGUUUAUCUUGGGGUAGUGCUAAUAGCAAGGUUGUUUGUAGGCAAUUAGGACACCAAGAGUUAGGCCCUUCAAAUUAUGGAUAUCGAUUAUAUGGUCAGGGAAGUGGACCUGUUGUUUAUGGUUUUGUAUCAUGCAAUGGAACUGAACAGUCAUUAUCAGACUGUAGUAGAAAUGUUUCAUCAGUUGCAGUAGGACUCUGCACUAGUCAUUUUUAUGACAUAGGAUUAACAUGUGAACCUCGUUGUGCAAAUGGAAUCAUUCGUCUACAAGAAGGCACUUUAACUUCUAAUGGUAGAGUUGAAGUUUGUUUUAAUGGAACAUGGGGUACUAUCUGUAGUGAUUUCUGGAACAAUAAUGAUGCAAGUAUUGUGUGCAAGCAGUUAGGAUACUCCCCUUAUGGUGCAAUUGCAUCAUCUGGUCUCUACAGUGAUUUCAUCUGGCCUCAUCAUAUAAUUGACCUCAAUUGUACUGGUACUGAAAGUAGUAUAUGGAACUGUCCUCAUAAUGGACUCAGCCAUUACUCUUGUAGUAACAGUCAUGAUGCGUUAGUAGCUUGUCAAAGUAUUAAUACACCAAGAGCUGAUUGCAUUGAUGGUGAAGUGAGAUUGGUCAAUGGUGCAACAGAAUAUGAGGGUCGUGUAGAAAUAUGCCUUAAUAGAGCUUGGGGUACUGUGUGCAGCAAUAGAUAUGGGUCAUGGUGGAGAUACUCUUAUUCAUGGAGCACCCUUAACACUAACACUGUAUGCACACAUGUUGGACACAUGAAGAUUGGCUCAACUUAUAGUCAGUUUGGGCAAGGAUCUGGACCUAUACUGUUGUCGUCAGUUCAUUGCAGUGGGCAGAAUUCUCAUUUACUGGACUGCUCUUAUUCAGUAUUUAUUCCAUCAUAUUGCUCACAUUCAGCUGAUGUUGGCAUAAUAUGUGAAGCUUUAUGUGAGAAUGGCACUGUUCGUAUGUACAGUAGUUCAGGUAGUUACUUCAGGAGAUAUGGUAGAGUUCAAGUGUGUGUUAACAAUGUGUGGGGCACAAUUUGUGAUGACUACUGGGAUGAUAAUGAUGCUGCUGUAGUCUGUAGAAUGUUGGGAUACUCAUCAAAUGGUUACUCGGCAUUAAAAAACACCUUAACAGAAGGGACAUGGUAUGUACAUAUAAAUGAUCUUAAUUGUACUGGCAAUGAAUUGUCUCUCUGGGACUGUCCUAUGAAUCAAAUAACUGGAUAUUCUUGUGAUCAUCGUGAUGAUUCUGCUAUAAUUUGUCAAUUGCCUGAUUUGAUUUACUCUAAUUGUACUAAUAAUGAUGUGAGAUUAAUGAAUGGAAAGACUGAGUAUGAAGGAAGGCUUGAAGUAUGUAUAAAUGGAGUCUGGGGUUCAAUUUGUGAUAAAAGUUGGAGUUCGUAUAGUGCAUAUACUGUAUGUCAGCAGUUAGGAUUUCAAGGUGGCAAAGCUCUUUCCAAUUCUUAUUUUGGAGUUAGUUCUAAUCGUAUUCUUAUCUACAGAUUGAUAAGCAAUUCAAUUUAUUCUAAUAUAUCUUACUGCAAUCAAAUUAAGACUCCUCUAACCAUUUGUAGCAACUUUCAUGAAGCUGGAGUGAGAUGUGAAGAAUUUUGUCCCCAUGGUAAAGUGGAACUUUAUGGUGGUCCUUCCAGUCAGCACGGUAUUGUACGAGUUUGUGCUGAUGGAAAAUGGGUUAAGCUGUGUGCAUUUGGCAGCACUGUGCUUAAUAAUGACUUGGCUACCGUAAUUUGUACAAGCCUUGGUUUUUCUUCUUAUGGUGCCAAAGUUGUAACAAAUAUUUGGGGAGACAAUUAUCAUUAUCCUUACCUGUUUCAUAAUAUGCAUUGCAUUGGAAAUGAAACCAGCUUGUUUGAUUGUCACUACGAUGUGACUGGAACAUGCUCUUUUAGUUGGACAGUGUCUGCCUUUUGUCAAAGAGCCAACAUCAAUCCAGCUAAUUGUACUGAUGGUGAUGUUAGACUGUAUGGUGGUCCAGUGCCUAAUCAUGGAACACUUCAUGUGUGUGCCAAUGGUGCCUGGGGGACAGUGUGUAAGAAUGGCCACUGGACUGAUGUAGAAACUGAUGUUGUCUGUUUUCAAUUGGGAUACUAUAAUCGUUUAAAUACGUAUGCUGGGAAAAAAACAACAGAUAACUAUCCAAUUAUAUUUGCUGAAUUUAACUGUUAUAGAAGCGCAAUAGAUCUGCUAUCAUGUGGCUCUGGACUAAGUCGAAACUUACAGUACUGCACUAACAAUGCAGUUGAAAUUAAAUGUGAAAAAAAGUGUAGAUCUGGCAGCAUUCAGCUCGUUGGUCGUUACUACUACGGUCGUGUUGAACUUUGUGUUGAAGGAAGGUGGGGAGCUGUUUGUGGUGAUGAUUUCUGGGAUAAUGUUGAUGCUAGUGUUGUCUGUAGAGAGCUAGGAUUUUCACCAUAUGGUGCAUCAGCUUUCACUGGAUAUUGGAAUUAUAGAAGGGAAAGAUACAUAUCUUUGAUUGGAUUAAAUUGCAGUGGAACUGAAAACCAUAUUGAAGACUGCCCAGUUAACAGUUACUCAUCACAUUGUCCUGUUGGAGCUGAUGCUAAAGUGUUG